AAAUAUUCGUUCGUUCAAGAUGAAGGUUAUUUGUGAAUCUUCUAUGACGAUUCUGAUCACUCUUAUGGGCUAUAUUUGGAUGGGCGAUGCUUUUAACAGAACUGAUCUAUUUAACCAAUGUGGACCAGACUUAAAUGAAGCAGUUAGUUUCCUUUGUCACGGUGAAAGAAGAUCUAGUUCAAUAAAUGAAAAUUCGGGACUUGAUUCCCGCACCAGGCGACAAAUAGCCGACGAAUGCUGUUUAAACAAUUGCACAGUGGGCCAUGUUUUAGAUUUCUAUUGUAAAUAUAAUUAGUAUAAAUAAACUCGUUACACAGCAA